AUGACCCAGAAUGGCCUGGCCACACGUCAAUCCCACGGCGUCGGCCCUUCUGGAACCAACGCCUUUCAAUUCUAUUCGCACACUGACGUACCAGGCACCGUGGAUUGUGACUGGAUUAUGGGUCUUUUUUGUGACGGCGGAGGCGAGCGUGGCGGCGCACCACAAAGCCCUUUUGCGUCUCAGAAAUAA